AUGGCAGGUUACAACCGAGGCCCAAGGAGGCUGCCCGACGUGUGCGGGGAGAACGGGAGCCGCUGCACUCGGCGACGGAGAGACUGGCUGCGGGCCAUGCCAGGCGCAGCUCGGGGCCGGGGCCUUUGCCCUCCCGCCGGGGAGCUGAUGGGGACGCUGCUCUGGCUCUCGCUCUGGGUGCCGGCGGCGCUGGCUGAGGGGCGCUGGUGCGAGAGGACGGAGCGGGUGACGGAGGAGGAGGUGGUGAGCCCCCGGCGUGAGCAGGCGGUGCCCUGCGCGGAGAUGUACCACUACAACUUGGCGGGCUGGCGCAUCGACCAGCACAGGAUGCGCCAGGCCUACGGUGGGGACUAUGCCCAGGCCGGGCCCACCGCCUCCCUGUGCUACAUCUACAAGCCACCGGACACGAGGCCCGUGGUGUGGAACCGCACGGUGCGAGCCUGCUGCGAGGGCUGGAGCGGGCCCCACUGCACCCAGGGCGAGGGCUUCCCGGGGCUCUGCUUCUCCACGUGGCAGUGCCAGGCCGGCCUGGGCACCUGGAACCUGUCCCUGCUGAGCAUGGCCGAGUGCUGCGGGCGCCCCUGGGGCCGCAGCUGGAAGAACACCUCCUCCGAUCUCUGCCUCAGCUGCUCCGCCCUGCCCCUGCCAGGGGACCUGCCAGCCCCCUUCCUCCUCCGGCCCUUGCCCCCCACGGCUCUGCUGGGCCUGCCCAGGCCUCGCCACCGCCUCUUCGCCACCUGCGUCACCUGGGCUGGCUUCCACUACCGCAGCUUUGAUGGGAAACAUUUCCACUUCCACGGGGACUGCACCUACAGCCUAGCCACUGCCUCUGAUGGCACUUGGGCCGUGGACAUCUCCGGCAGCGGGACCUGCACACCACCGCACUGCCACCGGGCGCUGCGCAUGCUCUUUGGGCUGGACCUGGUCGUGGCGCAGGGCCGAAACGUCUCUGUGAACGGGGCUGUGGUGCUGGAGGGGGAGCCACUCCUGCAGGACGGGAUCAGUGUCCGGUGGCUUGGUGACUUUGUCUUCGUGGAGAGCGGCCUGGGCGUGCGGGUCAAGUCUGACGGGCGCGACACAGUGUAUGUGACGGUCAGCGGGGAGCUGCGGGGCACUACACGUGGGCUCUGCGGGCUGUACAACGACGACCCUGCCGAUGACUUCCUGCGGGCAGGAGGGGAUGUGGCCACCUUCGCCGCCAGCUUUGGGAAUUCCUGGAGGGUCCCAGAUGCCAGCCCAGAGCUCCCAUGCCAGGACGCGGCAGAGGCGGGACACAGCUGCGACGUCGCGGAGGCCAGCGCCGUGAGGCAGGAGGCGGAGGCCGUGUGCCGGAAGCUGCUGGCCAGCCCCUUCAGCCAGUGCCACUCUGAGGUGGACCCGGGCGGAUUCUACGACGCCUGCAUGUACGCGUCCUGCCAGCAUGGGGGCGCGGGGGCCGGGCGGCGGGAGGCCGUCUGUGCCACCUUUGCCAGCUAUGCCCGCGACUGCGCCCAGCAGCACGUCUACGUUGACUGGCGGAGGCCCGGGUUCUGCGAGAAGCAGUGCGGCCAGGGGAAGCAGUACUCGGACUGCGUGUCCUCGUGCCCGGCCAGUUGUGCCGCCGUGGGCACCGGCGAGGAGGGGCACUGCCGGGACGAGUGCGUGAGUGGCUGCGAGUGCCCGCCGGGCCUCUACCUGGAGGGGGGGGCCUGCGUCCCUAAGGGCGACUGCCCCUGCUAUCACCGUCGCCAGAAAUACGCCCCGGGGCAGAGCAUCUGGCAGCGGUGCAACCAGUGCACGUGCCAGGGUGGGCGCUGGCACUGCUCGCAGGACAAGUGCUCGGCCGAGUGUGCUGUGAUCGGGGACCCGCACUACGUGACCUUCGACCAGAAGCGCUACUCCUUCCACGGCGUCUGCGAGUACAUCCUGGUGCAGGACUUUGUGGACUGGAAGCUGCUGAUCACGGCGGAGAAGGUGGCAUGUGGGAGCCAAGGGGCCGUGAGCUGCCUCCGGGCCCUCACGGUGACUGCGCACAGGACCUCCGCCCGGCUCCGCACCACAGGGGAUGUGGCCGUGAACGGGCAGGAGGUGGCCCUGCCCUUUGCCAGCGCUGACCUGAGCAUCCGACGGGCCUCGUCCUCCUUCCUGCUGCUCCAGGCCUUCGGGGCCCAUGUGCUGUGGGGGCUGGAGCUCCCCGCCGCCUACAUCACCCUGCAGCCCGGCUUUGCCGGCAAGGUGCGAGGCCUGUGCGGCACCUACAACUGGAACCAGCAGGACGAGUUCACCACCCCUGCCGGGGACGUGGAGCCCAGCGUCGCCGCCUUCGCAAACAAGUUCCGGGUGUCGAGCGAGUGCCCCACGCUCAGCUCCUUCGCCUUCGACCCCUGCGGCACCUACGCCCAGCACAGGGAGUUCGCCGAGGUCGCCUGCGCCGUCCUGCACGGCUCAGCCUUCCAGCCCUGCCACGACGUGGUGGAGCGGGAGCCCUACUACCAGCUCUGCCUCUAUGACGUGUGCGGCUGCGCGGCCGGCGGGGACUGUCUGUGCAGCGCCCUGGCCGCCUACGCCAGGCAGUGCGCCCAGGAGGGGACGCCGGUGCCCUGGAGGAACCAGACCUUCUGCGCGGUGCCGUGCAGCGGGGGGCAGGUCUACCAGGAGUGCAGCGCCCCCUGCAGGAAGAGCUGUGCCGAGCUGCGCCUGGGGGAGGCCAGCUCCUGCCAGGCCCUGGCGCUGUGCGUGGCCGGCUGUACCUGCCCCGAGGGACUGGUGCUGGACGACAGCGGGCAGUGCGUCCCGCCGGGCAUGUGCCCCUGCGAGCACGGGGGGGAGACCUACCCGCCCGGCAGCACAAUCCACCGGAGCUGCAAUGCCUGCAUCUGCGUGAACGGGCUCUGGAACUGCACUGACGACAGCUGCCCCGAAGCCGCCUUCUGCCCCGGGGAGCUGGUCUACGCCUACGGGUCCUGCCUGCGCACCUGCGCCACUGCCGAGGGCAACCUGAGCUGCCCGGGGCUCUCUGCCGGCUGCGUCUGCCCGCCAGGCACCGUCCUCCUCAACGAGCGCUGCGUCUCCCCGGAUGAGUGUCCCUGCCACCAUAACGGCAGGCUGUACCAGCCCAACGACACCAUCGCCAAGGACUGCAACACCUGCGUGUGCCGGAGCCGUCGCUGGCAGUGCAGCAGCCACCACUGCGCGGGCACCUGCGUGGCCACGGGAGACCCGCACUACGUCACCUUCGACGGGCGGCCCUUCUCCUUCCUGGGGGACUGCGAGUACGUCCUGGCACGCGAGGGCAGCGGCCUCUUCACCGUCACCUCCGAGAACGUGCCCUGCGGCACCAGCGGCGUCACCUGCACCAAGUCGGUGGUGGUGGUGAUCGGGAACACCGUCGUGCACCUGCUAAGAGGAAAGGACGUGACAGUGAACGGAGUCUCAGUGUGGCCCCCAAAGACCUACAGCGGGAAUGGCCUGACCCUGGAGCGAGCUGGCGUCUUUCUCAUCCUCAUCUCCCAGCUGGGGCUCAGCGUGCUCUGGGACGGAGGCACUCGGGUGUACGUGAAACUGGAGCCCUGGUACCAGGGCCGCGUGGCGGGGCUGUGCGGGAAUUUUGACGGGGACACAGAGAACGACUUCACCAGCCGGCAGGGCGUCGUGGAGCCCACCUCUGACCUGUUCGGCAACUCCUGGCGCGUCAGCCUCCUGUGCCCCGAGGUCAACAACGAGGACUUCGAGCACCCCUGCACCGCGAACGCUCACCGUGGGACCUGGGCCCGGAAGCGCUGCAGCAUCAUCAUGCAGCACCUCUUUGCCCCGUGCCACGAGGAGGUGCCCUGCCAGCAGUUCUACGACUGGUGUGUCUUCGAUGCCUGCGGGUGCGACUCCGGAGGGGACUGCGAGUGUCUGUGCACAGCCAUCGCCGCCUACGCCGAGGAGUGUAACCAGCGCGGGGUGUACGUCCGCUGGAGGAGCCAGGAGCUGUGUCCCAUGCAGUGCGACAACGGGCUGGAGUACGAAGCCUGCGGUCCCGCCUGCCCCCAGACCUGCACGAACUUCGGCCUGGAGCCCCCCGAGCACUGUGAUGCCAUCUCCUGCGUGGAGGGCUGCUUUUGCCCUGACGGGCGGGUCCUGCAUGAUGGCAGCUGCAUCGACCCCGCCGAGUGCCCCUGUUUCUGGGAGGGCAUCUCGUUCCCGGCGGGCGCUGUGGUGAAGCAGGAGUGCAAGAACUGCACGUGUGAGGCGGGGCUGUGGCAGUGCGAUGCGCCCACGGAGCCCUGCCUGGUCCCGCCCCGCUGCCCCGAGGCGGAGUUCGCCUGCCGCACGGGCGGGCGCUGCGUGCCCAGCGCCUGGGUCUGCGACAACGAGGACGACUGUGGGGACGGCUCGGACGAGUUCUGUGUGCCCAGCUGUGCCCCGCAGCAGUACCAGUGCGCCAGCGGGCAGUGCGUGGCCUGGGGGUACCGCUGCGACGGCGCCGCCGACUGCUUGGACCACUCGGACGAGCGCGACUGCCCGGCGCCCGGCUGCGCCCAGCAGGAGUUCCGCUGCGCCAACGGGCGCUGCAUCCCCCGGGCACACGUCUGCGACGGGGAGCUGGACUGUGGCUUCGCCGACGAGUCCGAUGAGGCUGGCUGCAGCCCCCCGUGUGGGGCUGGGGAGUUCGGCUGCGCGGCGGGGCGGUGCCUGCCCUAUCUGCAUCGCUGCGAUGGGCACGACGACUGCGGGGACUUCAGCGAUGAGCGGGAGUGCGUGUGCCCCCCCGGCGACUUCCAGUGCCCGGACGCGCUGUGCCUGCCGCCAGCCCUGGUGUGCGAUGGGAAGAGGGACUGCCCGGCUGGCACCGAUGAGUCCUUCUGCCCAGGCCGGGUGACCUGUGCCCCGGGGCAGCUGCCGUGCCCGGACGGCUCCUGUGUCAGCCGGACGCGGGUGUGCGACGGAGACUGGGACUGCGGGGACGGCUCUGACGAGAGCCCAGCUCGGUGCCUGACGGCGCGGCCCAGCCCCCUGCCCACGGCGCUGCCCGUGACUCUCCUGCCGCCGGCCAACCGCACCGCCGCGCCCCUGUGCGGCCGCUACGAGUUCCAUUGUGGCAGCGGGGAGUGCCGGCCGCGCGGCUGGGUGUGCGACGACGAGGCCGACUGCCUGGACGGCAGCGACGAGCUGGUGUGCAACCGGACCUGUGGCCUGGACCAGCACACGUGCGCCGUCAGCGCCGAGUGCAUCCCCUACGGGCAGCUGUGCGACGGCAUCCCCCAGUGCCGGGACCAGUCCGACGAGAGCACCGACAACUGCGGAUCCACGGAGAUCCCACCCUGCCCGGGGCUCUUCGUCUGCAACAACCGCAUGUGUGUGAACGUGUCCCGGGUGUGCGACGGCUCGCCCGACUGCCCCCAGGGCGAGGACGAGCUAGCCUGCGAGCACCACGUCCCGCCGGGCGAGAGGAACCAGACAGUGGGGCCCUGCACCGAGUACUCGUGUGCUGAGGGCAAAUGCAUCCCCUUUAAGCAGGUGUGUAAUGGGCUGGCGGAUUGCGCGGAUGGCAGCGAGGCCUCGGGCUGGCUGCCCUCGGACGAGCGGGACUGCGGGCUCUGGAGCCCCUGGGCCCCCUGGAGCACCUGCAGCCGGUCUUGUGGGACGGGCCUGCAGAUCCGCAGGCGGGUCUGCACCAGACGGGCCAAUGACGUCCUGCGCCAUUGCCACGGCGAGGAGACGCAGGCCCAGCAGUGCUUCGCCCUGGCCUGCCCAGUGGACGGCGCCUGGAGCGAGUGGGCGACGUGGGCGAACUGCACCCAGGACUGCCGCGGGGUGGUGGUGCGGCGCCGGGGGUGCAUCGCGCCCCGGAACGGGGGCCGGCACUGCUCCGAGCUGCCCGGAGCCUCGCCUAGCACGCUGGAGAUCAAGCCCUGCCAGCUGGAAGGCUGCCUCAACGCCACCGCCUGCCCCGCAGGCCUGGUGCGCAGGCUGUGUGCCCCGUGCCCCAUGUCCUGUGCCGAUCUGGCCAGCAAGGGCAAGUGCAAGAGGGACAGGCCCUGCAGCCCAGGCUGCUGGUGCCCGGAGGGGCUGGUGCUGGACAGCGAGCAGCAGUGCGUGCGCCCCCGGGAGUGCCCGUGCCUGGUGGAGGGCGUGCGCCACUGGCCUGGCCAGCUGGUGAAGGUGAACUGCCGCAUCUGCGCCUGCCAGGACGGGCAGAUGAAGCGGUGCCGGCAGAACCCCGAGUGCACUGUUAACUGCGGCUGGUCGGCCUGGUCUCCCUGGGGCGAGUGCCUGGGCCCGUGCGGUGUGCAGAGCAUCCAGUGGUCCUUCCGCAGCCCCAACAACCCCAGCAAGCACGGCAACGGGCGCCAGUGCCGGGGCAUCUACCGCAAGGCGCGCAGGUGCCAGACAGAUCCGUGCGAGGAAUGCGAGCACCACGGCCGGUCGCACCCCAUUGGCGACCGCUGGCGAUCGGGGCAGUGCCAGGUGUGCCAAUGCCUGCCCAACCUGACGGUGCAGUGCUCCCAGUACUGCCCCUACAGCACCGUGGGGUGCCCAGAGGGGCGGGCGCUGGUGGAGGGCAGGGGUGAGGCCUGCUGCUACUGUGCUGAAGCGGGUGAGAACAGGACCAGCGCGCCUGCUGUCCAGACGGCCGGGCCCCCGGGCACCACCCUGGCCAGCCCGGCUGCCUCCACCAGCCCUCCUCUCGUCACCUUCCCGCUGCCCCCUCUCGGAGACCGGUGCUACGGCCCCCUGGGCUUGGCCUCCUUACCGGACAGCUGCUUCACAGCCUCCUCGCAGCAGCCGGAGAACCCUGCCCACGCCGGGCGCCUCAACCACGUGCUCCCGGGCUCGGACCUGCAGGGCUGGGGGCCCCAGGCAGAGCUGUACCACGAGCUGCUCUCCAAGCCGCCCUACCUGCAGGUGGAUCUGCUGGAGCCCAGGAACCUCACAGGGGUGGUGGUGCAGGGGGCAGGCUCCUCGGACGCCUACGUUACCAGCUUCUUCCUGCAGUUCAGCACGGACGGGCUGAGGUGGCACGAGUACCGGCAGCUGUUCCUGGGGAACGCUGAUGACUCCACGCCGGUGGUGAGGACUUUCCAACGCAUGGUCCGUGCCCGGCACGUCCGCAUCCUCCCCCACGACUUCCACCACGGGAUCUUCCUGCGGGCGGAGCUGCUGGGCUGCGAGAGAGUGCCCUCUGGGGCACCGACUGCACCACCGGGCCCGAGGCCCUGCCGGACUGGGGAGUUCCAGUGCCGCAACGGACGCUGCGUCCCCGCUGGGCCCCGCGGCGCCGUGUGCAACGGACUCGACGAUUGCGGAGACUUCUCGGACGAGCUGCGCUGCGGGACAGCCCCAUCCGUGGGGCCCUCUGCCCCCUGGCGCUGCCCCCUCUCCCACUUCCACUGCGCGCUGUCUGACGGCUGCAUCGACGCCUCCCGGCGGUGUGACGGCAUCGCCGACUGUCCGGACGGCACCGACGAGGCUGGCUGUGGUGUGCUCCCUGUGGGCACAGCCAGCAGCUGGGCCCCCGGGCAGCCCUCGCCACCCACCGAGGAGGUGUCCCGGGGCACAGAGGGCUGGCUAUUCCCUGGAGACGUCCUCCCCACCCCCACAGGUCCCUGCAGCGAGCCGCUGGGCCUGGACGACGGCAGGGUUCGCUACCAGCAGCUGAGCGCCUCCUCCCACCGGGACAGCAACCCCCCCGACGCCGGGCGCCUCAACAUGGUGCCCAACAUACUGAACAUCGAGCCGGGCUGGAGCCCUCUGGAGACCGACCGCAGCCCCUACUUCCAGGUGGACUUCCUGCGUCCCACCUUCGUCAGCGCACUGAUCACACAGGGCGGCCCGGCGGCCGGGGGCUACGUCACCAGGUACCGCCUGCAGUACAGCCACGACGGUGUGCACUAUCGCAACUACACGGGGGCAGCGCCCGGCGCCGCGCCCUCCCAGCCAGCUCAGGUACUGCAGGGCAACUUCGACAGCCACACGCCGGUGCAGCGGGAGCUUCGCCCCCUGAUCCUGGCUCGCUACCUGCAGCUGCUGCCUGUGGAGUAUCACCGGAGCAUCCACCUGCGCAUGGAGGCGCUGGGCUGCCCCUGGAGUGCUGCUCCUCUGGGGACCAGCCCCACCUCCGAGCAGCCUCCGCUCCCCACGGCGACUCCGGUCCCAGGAUCCCGGCUCCCCAGCACAGUCAAUGAGAGCAGCGAGGCCAAACCCACGGGCCAGCCAGAGGGCACCGCGGCAGCAGGGAAGGAGCCGGGCGCCCCGACGCUGGGGCCGACAGGGCCUGCUGGGGAUACGCGCAGCCCUGGAGCAGCUGGCCCUGAGGUGCCCCACCUGAGCACAGCUCGGCCUUGGUGGGGCCCUGGGACGCCCGGCCUCGCGGAGGAAUCCAGGCGCUCCGGUGCUCCUGGCGUGGCAAGCCCAGAGCCUGGGCGCCCGGGGGAGACACCCACCUCCUGGUCCCCAGGGACUCCUGGGCUCUUCUGGGCAGGGACAACCUCUCCAGGGACCCCACGCCUGCUGGGCCCCACGCUGCCGGGCAUGGCGGCUGUGACUGUGUCGGCUGCAGGUCCUGGGCCUGGCCCCACGGGGCUGCCUGGGCUGCACACCGGCCCCUCCCAGCCCGGCAGGCCCGGGCUGGCCACCACUCUGGCUGGGCUGCCCUUCCCCCGACUCCUCUGCACCCAGGGCCAGUUUGCCUGCGAGGUGCUGGGCUGCGUGGAGGCCGCCUUCGUGUGCGACGGGCAGGAGGACUGCCUGGACGGGUCGGACGAGUGGCACUGCGGAGGCCCCACCGCCUCGGCUGUCCCCACCGCCACCCUGGCCUCCCCGACCGGGCGGCCCAGCGCCUGCUCCGCCAAGCAGUUCUCCUGCGGCAGUGGGGAGUGCCUGGCCCCGGAGAAGCCCUGCGACCUGCACCCGGACUGCCAGGACGGCUCCGACGAGAGCAGCUGUGUGGACUGCAUCCUGUCUCCCUGGAGUGGCUGGAGCGAGUGCAGCCGGUCGUGCGGGCUGGGCGUGACCUUCCGCCGGCGGGACCUGCUCCGGAACGCCCUGCCCGGGGGCCAGUGCGAACGCAACGAAUUCGACAGCCGCUCCUGCUUCCUCCGGGCCUGCCCAGUGAACGGCGCCUGGGCCCCCUGGGGCGAGUGGUCGGACUGCGACGCCGAGUGCCGCGGCGGAGUGCGGAGCCGCACGCGGAGCUGCGCCGACCCCCCACCCAAGAACGGGGGCCAGCCCUGCCCCGGCGACGCCGUGCAGACAGAGCCCUGCAACCUGCAGCCCUGCGGGGACGCCCGCGACUGCGGCCCCGAGAUGGUGCACGUGCAGGCUGAGGACUGUGAGAGGGGCCUGGUGGCACCGUGCCCCCAGUCGUGCCGGGAGCUGAACGCUGAGAGGAGCUGCCAGAGCCACUGUGUGGAGGGCUGCCGGUGCCCCCCGGGGCUCUACCUGCAGGAGGGCGGCUGCGUGAACAUCAGCCAGUGCCACUGUGACUUCAGCCAGGAGCGGCGCCUCCCCGGGGAGAUGUUCCUGCACGACAACUGCAGCCAGUGCGUGUGCCUGGACGGGGUGGUGACGUGUGACGACCUGGCCUGCCCCGUUAACUGCGGCUGGUCGGCCUGGUCCCCGUGGACACCCUGCGACCGCAGCUGCGGAGUCGGCAUGCGGGAGAGAUUCAGAUCCCCCACCAACCCGGCACCUGCCAACGGCGGAGCCCCGUGCGAGGGGGAUGCGCAGCAAGUCCGCGAGUGCCACACGGCCUGUGUCUCCGAGCCCGCCGGCCCCUGGAGCGACUGGACGCCCUGGUCCCCCUGCUCCAAGACCUGCUUCUACGACGUGGACCGUGUCGGGGUGAGGAAGCGGUUCCGUCACUGCAACGACACCGGGGAGGGUGAUGGGCGAUGCCAGGGGGCGCCCGUGGAGGAGGAGCAGUGUGACACGCCGCCCUGCCCCGUGGGAGGCGUCUGGACCCCCUGGACGGCCUGGUCCCAAUGCUCCGCUACCUGCGACUCCGGCGUCCAGACCCGCAGCCGCACCUGCUCCAACCCAGCCUACGGGGGCCCCGAGUGCACGGGGCCCCUCGUGCAGACCCGGGACUGUAACAGCCAGCCCUGCCGAGCACUGUGCCCCGCGCCCAUGAUCUACCAGACGGCCGAGGAGUGCCGGCGAGGAGGGGGCGCCUGCCCGCGGCUCUGCCUGGACCAGGGCGCCGGCGUGGAGUGCGCCACCCGCUGCUACUCGGGCUGCUACUGCCCCGACGGCCUCUUCCUGCAGAACGACAGCUGCGUGCCGCGGAGCCAGUGCCUGUGCUAUCACCAGGGGGCGCUCUACCAGCCGGGCGACACCGUCCCCCACGACGCCUGCACCAACUGCACCUGCGUGGCCGGGGAGAUGGUGUGCAGCACGGAGCCCUGCCCAGUGCACUGUGGCUGGGGUGGCUGGACUGAGUGGAGCUCCUGCAGCCGCAGCUGCAACGUGGGCACCCGGCGGCGCUACCGCUCUGGCUCCGACCCGCCCGCCGCUUUCGGGGGGCGCGACUGCCAGGGCCCCAGCGUGGAGGUCGAGUUCUGCAGCCUGCAGCCCUGCAGGGCAGGCUCCGGGGCCGAAUGGGGUCCCUGGUCGGAGUGCUCCGUGCCCUGUGGGGGCGGCUACCAGAACCGCACACGGGGCAGCACCGUCCUGCACCGGAUCGAGUUCACCACCUGCAACCUCCAGCCCUGCGCCGGCGAGGUGCCCGGCGUCUGCCCGGAGGGGAAGCUGUGGCACGAAUGUGCUGAUGCACCGGCCUCCUGUGCGGAGCUGGGCACGGAGCCCCCUGCUGACAGGCCCUGCCACGCUGGCUGUUACUGCCCCCCCGGCACCGUCCUGCUGAAUAACCGGUGCGUGGCGGAGUCGGAGUGCCCCUGUGCCGAGGGCGGAGUGCUCUACGCCCCGGGAGAUGUGGUGCCCAAGGGCUGUGAGAACUGCUCCUGUGAGGCCGGCCGGAUCUCCAACUGCUCCCGGGUGGCCUGUGGGGACGUGAGCGGCGGCUGGUCGGACUGGACACCCUGGAGCGAGUGUUCAGCCUCCUGCGGGCUGGGGCUCCAGACCCGGUACCGGUUCUGCACGGCCCCGCCUCCGUCGGGGACCGGACUGCCCUGCCUGGGGCCGGAGCGCGAGGAGCAGCCCUGCCACGUCCAGCCCUGCUCCACUCUGGACUGCGCGGCCGUGCAGGGCUCCAUGUACAGCCGCUGCGGCCCCUCCUGCCCCCGCUCCUGCGACGACAUCUCGCACUGCCUGUGGAGCUGCGAACCCGGCUGCUACUGCACCAGCGGCAGGGUGCUGAACGCCAACGGCUCAGCCUGCGUGGAGAGGCAGGACUGCACCUGCCUGGACCUGCUCACCCAGGAGAGGUACCUGCCGGGGGAGACCGUGGCCCACCAGGACGGCUGCAACAACUGCACCUGCACCAAGGGGGCGUUGCUGUGCACCAGUCUGCCCUGCCCUGUGGCCGGAGGCUGGUGUGACUGGUCCCCAUGGACCCCCUGCUCCCGGACCUGCGGCAGCGAGGUGGUGACGCGGUACCGUGCCUGCGCCUGCCCCACACCUCAGCACGGGGGGGCCGAGUGUCCUGGGGCGCAGGAGCGUCACGGGGACACCGGCACCCAGCUCCAGCACAAGGAGUGCCCCUCGGCUGCCUUCUGCCCUGUGGACGGUGGCUGGAGUUCCUGGGGGCCAUGGUCGGCCUGCGCCGCCUGCGCCGGGGAGUCAACACGGAGCCGGGAGUGCAACAGCCCCCCCGCCCGCUUCGGGGGCGUGCCCUGCCCCGGAGAGGCCUGGCAGAGCCGCGCCUGCCACGAUGGAGACACGGUGUGUGAAGGCUGCGGUGGGGGGCAGGUGGCCUUCGCCUGUGGCAAGCCCUGCCCCCGCUCCUGCGAGGACCUGCAGGCGGACACGGCCUGCCUGGACAGCCCCCAGUGCCAGCCCUCGUGCGGCUGCCCCGCUGGCCGGCUCCUCCAGGACGGGGCGUGUGUGAGCCUGGCGCAGUGUCGCUGCAAGUACCACAACGGCUCCCUGGAGGCCCCGGAGCAGCAGCCCCCCUCGGCCUGGGCUGGCCCCGUGCCCUGGGAGUACGUGCAGCCUGGGCAGACCGUGUACGGGCCCUGCCAGAACUGCACCUGCGAGGACGGGCACCUGCAGUGCCGCGCCGACCCUGCGUGCCGGCUGGACGGCGGCUGGGGGGCCUGGGGGCCGUGGUCGCCCUGCCCCGAGCGCUGCCAGGAGGGCCCCCAGUUCCGCUUCCGAGAGUGCGAGAACCCGGCCCCCCAACACGGGGGCAGGGGCUGCACCGGGAACAGCCAGCAGCAGCGAGCCUGCCACCAGGGCGAGCCGCCCUGCCGAGAGGAGGCGCCGUGGAGCGACUGGUCCCCAUGGGCCCCCUGCAGCGUGUCCUGUGGUGGGGGAGAGCAGAUCCGCACACGCCACUGUCGCCAGCCGGCCUGCCAGGGGCUGGCUGUGCAGAGCAAGACCUGCCACACCCAGGUCUGCCUCGAAGUGGGCUGCCCGGCGGGGCGCCUGUACCGGGAGUGCCUGCAGGAGGAGGGCUGCCCCUACAGCUGUGCCCACCUCACCCGCCAGAUGGACUGCUUCUCCGAUGGCUGUGAGGAGGGCUGCCACUGCCCGGCGGGCACCUACCAGCACCACGGAGCCUGCGUCCAGGAGUGCCCCUGCCUGGUCACCAAGGAGACCCUGCAGGAGCUCCAGAACCAUUCAGCAAACGCCAGCGCCCUCCCGGCCGUCCUCACCGCCCAGGGCCUCUGGGUCUCUCUGGGCCAGGAGGUGCAGCCCCACGACACGAUUCGCUCCGCCUGCAGCACCUGCACCUGCCACAACGGCCAGCUGAACUGCUCCUUCACCCGGUGCCCGCUGGACGGCGGCUUCGCGCCCUGGAGCCCCUGGACCCCCUGCUCCGUGAGCUGCGGGGGGCUGGGGCACAUGACCAGGGCACGGGGCUGCACCAGCCCCCCUCCUGCCAACGGAGGGAAGGACUGCGUGGGCCCUCGGACUGACAUCAAGUACUGCCAGACACUGGACUGCCCAGUGACGCCUGGUGCCACAAAGGAGCCUGUCCCCAGCGUGCCAGGCUCCGAGGAGGGCUUCAGCCUCUGGUCCCCUUGGAGCCCCUGCUCCAAAACCUGCACCGAUCCCGAGUUCCCAGCCACCAAAACCCGGACCCGGGGCUGUGCGGGAGGAGCCAACUGUACCGGGGAGUCGUUCCAGGAGCGGGCGUGUAACCUGCCCCAGUGCACAGACGUGCCCCCGUGCCUGGGUGAGGAGUGCGCCGGCAGGAACUGCACCUGGACCCCGUGGGCGCCGUGGAGCGAGUGUUCCCGCAGCUGCGGCGUGGGCCAGCAGCGACGCCUGCGCACCUACCACCCCCCCGGGGAGCAGGGGCUCUGGUGCCAGGGCAUCCUGACCGCAAACACUGAGCGGCGCUUCUGCAACCUACAGGCCUGCAAAGUGGCUGGAGCCUGGUCCAAGUGGAGCCCGUGGUCGUGGUGCGACCGUACCUGCGGGGGAGGCCGCUCUGUGCGCACUCGCACCUGCACCAGCCCCCCGCCCAAGAACGGAGGGGCCCGCUGCCCAGGGGAGAAGUACCAGGGGCGCGUCUGCAACCCCCGGCCCUGCGAGGAGGGAUGCCCGCCUGCCAUGGCCAUGGUGGACUGCGCCAACCGAUGCCCGCGCCAUUGCUGGGACCUCCAGGAGGGCAUCACGUGCCAGGACGGGGAGGCCUGCGAGCCCGGCUGCCGCUGCCCGGAAGGGACCCUGGAGCAGGACGGCGCCUGCGUCUCCCCGCAGCACUGCGAGUGCACCGACGCCCAGGGGCACAGCUGGGUGCCAGGCAGCCUGCGCCACGACGGCUGCAACAACUGCACGUGCUCCGAGGGGCGGCUGCUUUGCACCCGCCGCACCUGCCCCCCCAGCCAGUGCGACUGGAGCCACUGGUCCCGCUGGUCCCCGUGCAGCGUCACCUGUGGGGACGGGCUGCAAACCCGCUUCAGGACGGCCACGUCGGGCUCCUGGGCCAGGGAGUGCCAGAAGGAGCAGUUGCAGACCCGGCCCUGCCCCCAGGGGCCCUGCCCGCCCCUCUGCCCGCACCAGGGCUGGGAGAGACGCCUGGGGGACACCUGGCUGCUGGGCGAGUGCCAGCAAUGUAUCUGCACCCCGGAGGGCAUCUACUGCCAGGACAUCGCAUGUGCGGCGGCCGAGCGAUGCGACUGGUCGGCCUGGAGCCCCUGCUCACGCUCCUGUGGCACCGGCCUGGCCACGCGGACGGGGACAUGCGCCUGCCUCAGCCCCGAGGGGCCCAGCACCCCCUGCAAUGACAGCGCCCGCCAGGAGGUGGAGCCCUGCUACCUACGGCCGUGUGAAGGCGACUGCUCCUGGAGCCCCUGGACGCCGUGGACCCAGUGUUCCUGCAGCUUCCUGGUGCAGCAGCGCUACCGGAACCAGCGGGGCCCGGGCCCCCAGGGGGUGCUGUGCGUGGGGCUGGACGGCGAGUUCCGCGCCUGCGACUCCUCCCAGUGCUCGGAAGCCAACUGUGAGCCUCCCUUUGAGUUCCGGGAGUGCGGGAUCCCCUGCGCCAGCCUGUGCUCCACGCUGCAGCGCCAGGAGCUGUGCACAGCCAUCCCCCGGUGCCUGCCCGGCUGCUACUGCCCGCAGGGCCUGGUGGAGCAGAGGGGAACCUGCGUGCCCCCCGCGCAGUGCGGCUGCCUCCACCUCCGCCCGGGCGAAGGGCCCGUGUACCUGGCGGCCGGGGACACCGUGCUCGUGGGCUGCAAAGAAUGCGUGUGCCAGGAGGGGACGCUGCAGUGCAGCAGCGAGAGCUGCCAGGGCCUGCUGCCCCUGAGCGAGUGGUCAGCCUGGACGCCCUGCACCUCCUGCCUGCCCCUCUCGCCGGACGUCGCCCCCCUGGCCUCAGUGCAGCAUCGCUACCGGGUGUGCCUGGACCCCCAGACGGGCCUGCCCUGGGCCGGCGAGGCCGCACUGUGCUCCGCCGAGCUGCAGCAGGAGCGGCUCUGCCCCAACCCCCAUCGCUGUGAAGAUCUCUGCCUGUGGAGCGAGUGGAGCCCCUGGGGCCCGUGCCGGGAGCCCUGCAGCGGUGGCUUCCGGCUGCGCCGGCGCCACGUCCAGCACCCGGCCGAGGGCAGGUGGUGCUGGGGAGCCCGGGUCCAGUCGGAGAGCUGCAACACGGCCGCCUGCCCAGGGGAGGAGUGUGAGGAUCGGGGCAAGGAGCACGCCCCGGCCUGCGCCAACCGCUGCCCCCGCACCUGCGCCGACCUGUGGGAGCACGUGGAGUGUCUGCAGGGGGAGUGCAAGCCAGGCUGCCGGUGCCCCGAGGGGCAGCUGCUGCAGGACGGCGUGUGCGUGCCAGUGCUGGCCUGCCGCUGCGGGCUGCCCACAGCCAACGGCACGCGGGAGCUCUGGCCGGGGCAAGCUGCCGAGCUGGACUGUCACAACUGCACGUGCGAGAACGGCACCUUCGCCUGCCCCGAUCUGGAGUGCCCCUCCUACGGGCCCUGGUCCGAGUGGAGCCCCUGCUCGGUCACCUGCGGGGGAGGCAGCACGCUCCGGCACCGCACCUGCCAGGAGAGCCCCGCCGGGGCCCCGUGCACCACCGACGCCAUGGAGGAGAUCGCGGAGUGCAACCUGCAGCCCUGCCCCGCCGGCUGCCAGCUGAGCCGCUGGUCGGCGUGGAGCCCCUGCAGCGCCAGCUGUGGGGGGGGCGUGUCGGAGCGGAGCCGGAGCCUGCUGUCCCCAGGGGAGGGCCGGGGGGAGCUCUGCCCUGCCCCCCUGCUGCUGCACCGUGCCUGCCACACCCAUAACUGCACGCCAGAGUGCCCGGGCCCCCAGGUAUACAGCGAUUGCGCCAACGCCUGUCCCCGCACCUGCUCCGACCUGCGCCCCGGGACCGAGUGCCUGCGGGAGGAGUGCCAGCCUGGCUGCGCCUGCCCUCCCGGCCAGGUGCUGCAGGACGGGGCGUGCGCGCCCCCGGAGGAAUGCCGCUGUUCGCUGGUCCCUGCGCCUGCCGUGCCAUGGGCCUCCGACCUGUCGCAGGAGGAGCGGGCGAGAGAGUAUCCAGCCGGCAGCACCAUCCACCACCAGUGCAACAGCUGUGUCUGUCACAGAGGCACCUUCAGCUGCUCCCAGCAGGACUGCAACGUGGACUGCCUCUGGUCCGCGUGGUCAGCCUGGUCCGCGUGCUCAGUGACGUGUGGGCCGGGCGUGCGGAUCUCCCAGCGGCACCAGCUGCAGAAGCGCCUGUACGCCGGGGCCGAGUGCCUGGGCCCCCCGACGCGCCGGACGCCCUGCUCCCUGCCCGACUGCGCCUGCCCCACAGGGGAGCGUUGGCGCGGCCCCGGCCCCACGGCGCCCUGCGAGCGAACCUGCCAGCAGAUCUACGAGGAGCCCCGGCCCGACUGCAGCGUGGGGGCCGCGCCAGGCUGCGUGUGCGAGGCCGGGCGGUACCGGAACAGCAGUGGGCACUGUGUCACCGCCGCCCACUGCGAGUGUGAGCACGGGGGCCAGCUGCGCCCGCCCGGAGCUGAGUGGCAGGAGGCCUGUGAGAGCUGCCGCUGCCUGAACGGGAGGGCCGUGUGCACGGCUGGCUGCCCCCCUCUCUUCUGCCUCGAGGGGGAAGUGAAGGUGCAGGAGCCCGGCAGCUGCUGCCCCGUGUGCCGGAGAGAAUCGUUCGAGGAGCCGUUGUCCGCAUGCCAACGCUACACCGAGGUGCGGAACGUCACCAAGGGGCGCUGCGCCCUGCACGGCGUGGAGGUCAGCUACUGCAGCGGGCGCUGCGCCUCCCGCACCAACGUCAUCUCCGAGGAGCCGUACCUGCAGACGCUGUGCGACUGCUGCAGCUAUCACCUGGACCCCGUGAGCCCCGUGCGCAUCCUGAGCCUGCCGUGCGAGGACGGGGAGGUGGAGCCGGUGGUGCUGCCCGUCAUCCACAGCUGCGAAUGCAGCCCCUGCCAGAGUGGGGACUUUUCCGAGCGCUGAUGGCCCGUGGCCUGGGCGGGACGGUGUCUGCACUGGGGCCCCCGCGCUGUGCCGGCGGCCGAGGCGUGGCAAGGACAGCGAGAUGGCAGCGUGUGUCCCAGCUGCAGGCUCCCCAGUCCCCCCCACGCUGCCCGCCGGGCUUGUCCCGCUGUAGCUCAGUAAUAAAGUGAACAGAGCUGGG